AUGAGUAGUGAUGCGCCUGAUGACUGGAUUCAGGCCAUUUCUGCACGGAACGUCCCUGCAGUAAAGAAACUAAUGGAGGGCUGUGCUCGGCGGACUGAUUCAACUGGGACAACAGGCCUUAUGCUGGCUGCAAAGCGCGGAAGUUUAGAGAUUGUUGAGCUGCUCGCCCCAAAGGAGUCUGGGAUGCUAAAUUCAGAAGGCCACACAGCCAUGAUGCUCGCAGCCAUGCAGGACCAUCUGCCCAUUUGCGCAUAUCUGGGUCCACUCGAGAAGAAUGUUAUCGGCGCCAAUGACCAGGAUGUCUUUAUGAUUGCCGUGAGCUACGAGGCUAAAGAUGUGGUUGAGUAUCUAAGCGGCGCAUAUCCUCUUAGAAAAGACGCGGACGGACAUUCUGUCUUUGACUUUGCCAUUGCCAUUGGCAAUGCGGAAAUUCUGCACAUUCUGCUAUCGAGCAAUCCACUAGAUGAUGAUGAACGCAAUCGACUUAGUGCUCUUGCGCAAGAGAGCGAGAAGUUCGAUCUUGUCGACCUUCUGCGUGAGGUACGCUGUGACAAGAAGGCAGAGCUCAACAGUCCUGGACCUCCUACCCUCCAAGGCUCUCCCCCUGUACUAUCUAUAGAAUCUGAGCCUAUUCCCAUAUCAUCAAGUAAGCCUGACUUUCGUGGCAACUACCUUCCCUCAGGAAGUCGGAAGGAAUCAACCGAUGGAUACGACAGAUAUAGCACAACAGUUGCUCCCGAAGUAAGCCUAAAUGUAAUGUCAGCUUCAUCUUCGCCUAAGACCGAAUUUAGGCCAAGGACUUCCAACCACUGGGAACGACUUUUGCAAGACCGAGACGAUGAGAUACAGCGUCUUCAAUCUUUGCUGUUACACACUGCAGAUGUUCGAGCCGCUUCGUUGACCUAUGAAUCCUUGUACGCAGAAUCUCAAGUGUUAUCUCACAUCUUUCGGUCGCUAAAGAAGUACCAACUUGACAUCGCAAGUAGAGAGUCCAAACUACUUUAUUAUUCUCUUUGCGAGUUCACAAAGGUCUAUGCUCCCCUUAUUUCUCCUUGUGACACUAGGGUCUUUGAUGAUUUGCGGAGUGUCUCCCCGAACAUGGAUGUAUCCCCGUCUGCUGAGGAGAUAAAGACCUACAGAGCAGAGAACUUGAAGCUAUUAGAAAAACUGGAUGAGAAAACUCACAAUAUAAGGCGCUUAGAAGCGCUGCUAGAUAAUAUCAAAGGGAUUAUUGCGUUUCACUAUCACGGAAGGGAAGACGCCUACCAACCGGAUAACAUAAUUGCUUCCUUGCAACUCUUGCUUCAGGAGAAGACAGAUCGGACCGAGGCCCAGCAUUCAGCCUUAGCGCAGAGGGCGACUGGCCCUACCUCUACUUCCAGUACCGCCACUUCUGGACCAGGGCAACACAUGAAGUUGGAGGAGAGCACAAUAAGCACGAUUUCUGAGAUACCUGUGGGGCCGUUCAGCUCUGAUACUGCUAAGCUUCAUCAGCUCAUGGACCAGAAAAAUAAACAGAUAGACACUUUGAUGCAGAGGAUACACGAGCUGGAGACGACUCUAGCAGAUACUCAGAACAAGUUCAAGAAUCACGUCAAUUUCACGAAGACCGUGGAGCGCAAUUUGGCAGACACUGUAAGCAAUCAGAUCAACUUGUUCGUCUCUGGGCAGCACCGCACGCAAAAGCUUUUAGAAGAAAAGGAUCAAGAGAUAAGCCAGUUAUACGCCGAGCUCGAUGAGGUGCGUAGUGCGCAGACCAGCAGAACUGCGUCUCCUCUGAGAUCACGAAGCGCGCAGCAAGACAUCAACUUUUCUGCUGAUGGAUAUGCUCCUUAUGGGCAGCCAGUUCAAAUUCCCACUGCAAUCCUUCCGCCUAAGACUCUCUAUCCUAUGGAACAGGAAUCAGACGAAUAUUUAGCAGAUGUUGUCCCUAGGGCCGACUAUGACGCAUUGUUGGCAGAAUACACCUUAGCCCAGGAGCGUUUUCAGAAGCACAUGGACUUUGUCGGGGCUGUUGAAAAUAAUCUCGCCCAGUCUCUUUCAGACCAAGUACAGGCUUUUGCUGCAGAAAGUCGGAAUAUUGCAGGGCGCAUGAUCGAAAAAGAUGAAGAAAUAGCCCGCUUGGUUCGCGAAAUAUCUCUCUUGCGCGCAUCUCUUUCUGAGGCACAGGAAAAUGCGGCCAAAUCCCACGCCGGGAUGUCUGUUGCUAAUGACUAUGAUGCUCUAAGCGCUAAUAUCGAAGCUUCGCGAAUUAUUCAACAAUUACGAGGCGAAUUACAAGAGCUAAACAACCGUAUUCAACAGAAGGAUGAAGCCAUCGUUUCUCUGCAAAAUACACUCAGGCACCAACGCUUCCCUAGACACUCUUCACCUACAAAACAACCAGCUGCUCUAUCUAGUGAUACAGACUUGAACCGCUUACAACAGGAAUUCGACUCUUAUAGAGACCAUGCAGAACAAGUCCAGAAAAACGACCAGUCUUUAAUUCAGGUGCUGCAAGCGCGCAUAAAGCAGCAGAACGAUAUUCUUGAAGCAACAAAGCAAUCAUCACCGUCACAGGCUCGGGGGAAGCAGAAGCAACGAGGGGACGACGGCUGGGAAGAUCACCCGUAUGAUUACGCCGGGAACUGUCCCAAUUGUGCAGAGCUCGCUUCUCAGAACCAACGUAACACAGACAAAGUCAAGCAGCUCAACAACGAGAACAAGCUUCUUUCGGAUGAGUUGGACAAAUCCAAAGGUGCGCUUGUGCUUCUAAGAAAUGAAAGGGAGGACCUUCUACAACAGCUUUCUGAAGUUCUUAAAGGUGCUGAAGAGCACCAUAAGAAGGACAAGUUAAUCGAGGAUCUGAAUAACGAGUGCACAUCUUUAACUGGCAGGGUUGACCAAUUGUUAGCCGAUCUUAAUGAUCAGGGUGAACUAAGGCACGAGCUUGGUGUCCUUAAGAAGGCAAAUGACGAUCAAAAGGCCCUGAUUGAUGAGGUCCAGUCUGAGAAUAUAAGAUUAGUAUCACUUUUAGAGAAGCGGAGUGCUGUUUGUGACGGGGAAACAAUGACCGAUCUCACAUACCAUGCUAUUCUAGAUGCUUUCAGCGACAUAGAGACACUCAGACGCCACAUAACGGACUUAAAAGGAAAGAUUCAUAAGUUGGAGACAGAUGCGGAUAGGGUUGAAGUAAGGUUAGAGCAGUCAAGUCCCUUCUCUGGCCGAGUCAAUGAUCAGCAGCUGCGACACGACUCUCCCUCUAUUAUUUCUCCAUAUGUUGGAGACAGGGGGGCUUCUUCUGCUAAGUUGGACCAUCUUCAGAGACAGAUGAACCAGCUACAGGAUGCUGUCAUGCUAUUGACGAGAGAACAGGCCCAACAGCCCCAGUCACAAACCGGUCCCGGCCGCAGUUCAAGUACGAUCAAGAACCAGACUAACCUUGUCGGUGGACCCAGCAGCAGCCCUAGGUUUAGUAAGCCCAGUACAAUUAUCGAUGGUACACAAUCACCGCAACGCAAGGCUACAGAGCACACGCCCUUAAUGCAGGCCGUUCUAGUCAAUAAUAUUGACGCUGCUCAUCGUGCUCUGCAAUACGCCAAAGCUCAGCUAAAGGACGGCACGACAGCCCUUAUGUUGGCAGUUAAUAAAGGAAACCAAGACAUGAUUAGGCUUCUUGCUCCAUUGGAAGGAGGCUUACGGCGCAAAGAUGGCAAACUGGCCCUGCACCUGGCCCUCAAACGGGAAGACUUUAAGGUGGCGCAGUUACUGACUAAGCUAGAGGGUGCAGACGUCUCUAGCUUCAGCACAGCAGGAGGACGACGGACAGAGUUAAUGGACGCCAUCAUAGCCGACGACUAUCUGCUUGGCUGGUCGUUGUUCCAGGUUCAAUCUGGUUUGCAGGACAAGGAUGGCAAGACUGCGCUUAUGUACGCGGCAUACAAAGGCAAUACCUGCUUUGUUAAUAUGCUCAAGAAACGUGAGAGCAGGCUCAGGUCAAACAAUGGAAUGACCGCCCUUAUGUACGCCGCACGCAGCAACAAACCUGAAGUGGUGCGGCUUCUCAUGCCUCUUGAGGGAGGUCUCCAGGAUAAGACUGGCAUUUCAAUCGGCAAUCAGUGCUCCGCGCUCAUGCACGCCUGCUACAAUGGAUCCUUGGACGCUGUGAUGUGUCUUGUUUCUCUGGAGGCAGAGCUCCGUGAUAGCAACAAUCGUACAGCCAUGUACUACGCAACUCACUGCUCAUCUAUCGUAACCCCUGAGAAGAAGGAGGCAGUAGUUCGCACGAUCUCCACCAUCAUUCCCUCUGCAUAG